AUGGGCGACCGCGCCAGCGCCUCGCGGAUGCGCGCUCUGGGCAUCACCCAAUCGACCACACCUCUUGCGUCUGCGUGGACUGGCGACCUUCGCGUUCGGUUCACCGAUUUUCAAGUGAAUGAGAUUUCUGAAGAUGGAUCUGUGGUUCAUCUGAGCAAGAUUGGGUUGGGCGAGGAGACGUCGUCAAACCAGACUGCUGCAAACCCACCUGUGAAGGAGGAGGUAAAGGAGGAAUCCAAGGCGCAGGAAGAAAAGCCAGCACAGGACUCGGAAAAGCCCAAGGCAGAGACCGUCCCAGAGGUAUCCGCAGAAGAUGUCGCGAUUCUUUCCUCCCUCGCAGGCGAGCAAUUCGCCAAAGACGUUGUGGAAAUGUUCCAAAACGCCAACGACGAGGCCUUCCAGAAGAAGACGGCCACGGCCUCCCCCACGGACGACCGCUCAAAGCGCGGCCAGAUCCACCAGGAGGUCCGCCGCAUCUUCAACUCCAGGAUAGACACCAACACCGACGCCUCGGGCGCCAUCGUCGCCAGCAUCCCCAAGAGGGGCGCGAAGAGGCGUGCCGGAGGCGGGCGCAACAACAGUGCCAGAAACGGCCCGCGCGAGGAGAAGCCCUCGGGCGACUACCUCCACUUCACGCUCUACAAGGAGAACAGGGACACGCUGGACGCGGUCAACCAGAUCUCGCGCAUGCUGCGGGUGAAGCCGCAGGCCAUUGGGUACGCUGGCACGAAAGACCGGAGGGCCUCGACCGCGCAGAGGUGCUCCGUCCGGCACAUGCGCCAGAGGGCGCUGGCGGGUAUCAACGGGAAGCUGCGCGGCGUGGAGACGGGUGACUACGAGUACAAGCAGCGCCCGAUCCAUCUCGGCGAGCUCCGGGGCAACGAGUUUGCCAUCACGAUCAAGAACUGCACCAUGGCGGGUGAGGCGCCGGGCACGCCCAUCGCCGAGAGGCUGGAGAACAUGAGGGGGAAUAUCGGGCCGGCGAUGGACCACUUGAUCAAGCACGGCUGGAUCAACUACUUUGGUCAUCAGAGAUUCGGCACUCACGAGAUCGGCACCCAUGAAAUUGGCAAGCUGAUCUUGGGAGAAAAGUACCAGGAAGCCGUCGACUCACUGCUUUCCUACGACCCAGAGAUCGCCGACAAGGCGGAGAAGGGCGAGCUCCCCGAGGAGGCAUCCAAGAGAGACGAAUACCUACGUCACCAGGCCUGCAUGCUCUUCAGGACUGGAAAAGACUACGAUCGCGCGGAGAAAAUCAUUCCCAGGAGGUUCGGCGCCGAGACUAGUGUCCUCCGUCACCUCAACAGAUCCGGCAUCCAGUCUCGGAAAGACGUGGUCGGCGCACUCAUUCACAUCACCCGAGGUCUGAGGACCAUGUAUCUCCACGCCUACCAAUCCCAUGUCUGGAACCACGUUGCAAGCAGACGGUGGGAGCUGUACGGCGAGAAGGUAGUCAAAGGCGACCUGGUCAUCGCCGAAGCAGAGCAGAAGCCUCUGAUAAGCGGCCAGGACGACGACGGCGACGACAUCGUCAAUGUAAUUGACGAUGAAGACGGCGACAACACACGAGCUCGCGCGCUCACGGAGGAGGAAGCAGCCAGCGGACGAUACACGAUCAAGGAUAUCGUCCUGCCCUCGCCGGGCUACGAGGUCAUCUACCCGGACAACGAGAUUGGUGCCUUUUACGCCGAGUUCAUGGGCAAGGAGGAGAACGGCAAGCUCGACCCGCACCAGAUGCGCCGCAUGCGCCGCGAGUGGAGUCUCCCAGGACGGUACCGCAAGCUGAUGAACGGGUUCCUCGCGCAGCCAUCCUUUGAGGUCAAGGCGUACGCAGACGACAUGGAGCAGAUGAACCCCACUGACCUUGAUCUCCUCCGAUCGAAGAAAGCGCCCAAUGAGAAUGGGAAGCGCCAUCGCGAUGACCAAGAUGACGGGCCGGCUUCCAAGAAGCAGAAGGAUGCUUCGGAGAAUGGAGCAGAAGCCGGCGCCGAGGAUAUCACCAUGGAAGACCCAAGUGAGGAGAAGCCUGCGGUCCAAGAGCAGGCGCAAGAUAAAAUUGCCGUUGUCGUCAAGUUUCAACUGGGAAGCAGUGCCUACGCUACAGUCACCCUGAGAGAACUGAUGGGGGAUCCUCCUGAGGAGACGAAUUGA